CUCGCUCCCCGCCCUCUUUUCUCGCGAUUCCGAAGCGCGGGAAGAAAGAGGCUGGGAGACGGGCGGACGGCCUUGAGGGGCAGAGCCAUGGCCGAGGCUGGUAGCGGCAGCGGGGACGACGACAACAACCCUUCUCGAGGCGCGCGAAGCCGGCCGUUCGUCGCGCCCUCCGCUCACAACGGAGCCCACGGGGGGGUCCGACGUCCUUCCUCUCAGGAAGGCCGGGCUCGGGCGGGGGAUGGUGAUGGGGGCCGGGGCGGCGAAGGAGACGAGGAGGCAGGCCCAAGCGAGAACGCCGAGGAGGCUAACGAGACAACGCGGCGGCUGCUCCGCCAGCAGUACCGGGAGCUGAUCUCCAACGUGCUGCAGAAUCGGGAGAUGAUGUUGAGUACUGGAAAUGAUAAACUGACAGAAGCUCUGGAAGAUGCUAAUAAAUUGUUUACUGGAGUGUCCCGGGCAAGGGAGGCUGCUUUGGAUGCCCAGUUCCUAGUUUUGGCUUCAAAUCUAGGAAAGGAAAAAGCAAACCAAUUGCAAUCAGAUAUGACAGUGUUUGAUUCAUCUGCAUUUGCUGAAGAUUUAUUAUUGUUUAUGGGCUUAAACCGCCUGGAAAGGAAAGGAAGUGAUAGUGAAGAGGAAGAGGAUGCUGGUGGAUUUUUACCAAGUAAUGCUUGGCAUAAACUUGGUGGAGAAGCCAAAAAAUACUUCAGAAGAGCACCAGUUUUUCAUUUCAUGUUGGGAACUUUUACUGCAGAUCCUCCUGCUGAGAGACCACGAAUUGAGAAGCAACAAAAGAAGGCAGGAUCAGAUGAAAGAAGAGCAAUGCCUGCACAGUUGAAGAAAAUGGAAGAAUCUCAUCAAGAAGCUACAGAAAAAGAAGUAGAGAGGAUCUUGGGAUAUUUACAGGCCUAUUAUGCUGAAGAUCCACAUACUCCAAUAUCCUUCCUUGAGUUUGUAACUGAUCCAGAUUCUUUCGCAAGAACUGUGGAAAAUAUGUUUCAUGUGUCAUUCUUAGUAAAGGAUGGACAUGCAAGAAUAAUGUUAGAUCAGGACAAGCUUCCUAUAAUAGAGCCUUUACAUCCAGAAGAAGGAGAAAAUGAUCAGGAUACUCAAGUGCGGAAACAAGCAGUUAUAUCAAUAAGCUAUCAAGAAUGGCAGAAGACUGUGGAGACAUUUGGAAUUUCAGAACCCAUGAUUCCACCUGCCAAACCAGACAAUGAGAUGGAGUCAAUCUGAAUGUACAGUAUGUAACUGAAAAAUUAGUUUGUGAAGACACUUUUGUACUUUUCAAACUUAAUAAGCUUCUUUUGUGGUGAGUUCUAUUUUAGCUGUCUACAGCAAUUCUUAAUCUUUUCUUUUUUUUAUGCAGGGAUUUCAAAUUUGUAUACGAGGCUUGUUGACCCAUUUCCUGAUGUUUGCCCAGGACAAUGGUGGAGUAGAAAUUAAUAAAAGUGUCCUGUUUAUUGCAUAUUUACUUGAAUAAGAGAUGUUUUAGAGUUUAUUUCCAAGCUGAUGUUGUUGUAUUAUACGACAUAUGAUAUGGUUUAUGUGCUGUAGCAGCAAGCCAAUUUGAAAUUAAAGGUUUCAUUCUUUUGUA